GUAGUUUGACGUUUUAUGUACCAUAGACAAAAGAUUCUUUUCUGUAAACUGUCAGAGACGGCAACAGUAAUUCCUAACCAUGGGUCGCGUCAGGACUAAAACCGUGAAGAAGGCAGCCAAAAUCAUUAUUGAGAAAUACUACACAAGGUUGACCCUUGAUUUUGACACCAACAAGAGGAUAUGUGAGGAAAUCGCUAUCAUUCCUACGAAGCCCCUUCGUAACAAGAUCGCCGGGUUUGCCACCCACUUGAUGAGGCGUCUUAGGAACUCCCAGGUCCGUGGAAUCUCCAUCAAACUGCAGGAGGAGGAGCGCGAGAGACGUGACAACUACGUCCCUGAGGUCUCCGCCUUGGAGCAUGACAUCAUCGAGGUGGACCCCGACACCAAGGAGAUGUUGAAGAUGCUAGACUUCAACAACAUCAACGGCCUCCAGCUGACGCAGCCGACCACCUCGGGUGGUUAUGGUGGCAGACGUAAUUAAGGAUAAUAAACAUUAAAAUGUA